AAGAAGGUAGAUAAGGAAUACGUGGAUAGUGAGUUAAUGAAGAAGGCAAAUUUGGUUUAUGUAGAUGAAAAAGAUAAUGAAAUUAAAGAAAAGGUUGAAUGGUAUCAUAAAUGGACAUCGGAGACUUUUAAAGUUAAAGCUGAUACAGGAUGGGUUUCAGGAUGUUUAGACCUUAAAGCAGAUAAAACUUAUGUAGAUGAAAAAGAUAAUGAAAUUAAAGAAAAGGUUGAAUGGUAUCAUAAAUGGACAUCGGAGACUUUUAAAGUUAAAGCUGAUACAGGAUGGGUUUCAGGAUGUUUAGACCUUAAAGCAGAUAAAACUUAUGUAGAUGAAAAUUAUGCAAAGAAGUCGGAAGUAAAUGAUGUGAUUACAAGCAUGAAAAAUGAAAUACUUCAAACAUUAUAUCCUAUAGGCUCUAUUUAUACAUCAAUGAAUUCAACAAAUCCAGCAAGUGUUUUAGGUUUUGGUACAUGGAAGCAGAUUGUAGACAAAUUCUUAUACUGUGCUAAAUUUUCAAAGCAUACAGGAGGUUCAAAGAAAAUUAAAGAAGCAAACCUUCCACCGCACACUCAUACAGGAACGACAAACUUUUCUGGCGACCAUAGACACUCAUUAAGAGACCACCCAUUAUACAACUCAGACUAUGAAGCUGGUUAUGAUGUUUUAUCUCCAUCUUAUAACGAUUCAACAAAAAAGACUUUUCGACAAACUGAACCAGGAGGAAAUCAUGUCCAUACUUUCACAACAAAUCCAACAGGCUUGGGUAAAGAUUACAUGCCACCAUUUGUGACUGUAUUUGCAUGGUACCGAAUGAACUAA